UCCUCCAAGAGCUUCCUCAAGGAAACCGGUGGAUAUCAGCCAGCAUGCAUCUCAGCAUGUGGAACAAAAACUUGUGUUCCAGGAUGGAUCACUGCACCGGCAAGCAACCUUUUGAGUCCGACUCACAAGUACCAGACAAGUUUGAACCUUCAGGAAAAGUCAGUGAGAAGAACAGGAAGUUACUGGAAAACUUUUAUUACGGUAGCAGUGAUUUGGUGUUGGGUGAGCACCCGUGCUCUCCUGCAGCCAAACCUGAACGGAGCGGCCGCCAAGCAAAGCGUGCACGAGUGGAGAACAUCAUCCGAGGCAUGACGCCUGGUGAUGGCCUCGCGGAUGCGCAGAUGAAGGAAGAACAUGAAGCAUUUGGAAUGCAAGUUAGCCAGUCACGCAUGGGUCAAGGGGGCGGUGACAUCCAAAGUAGCAGAUACCAGGGAUGGAAAACGGCUAAGAUGGGGAACUUCAGUUCCAAGCUAAUGGCAGAUGUUCUGAAGUACGAACUAUCCCGAGCGGUCAGUAGGAGUGUUGACUCAGUUUUCAAAAGCAUGCCCCUGCCUCUAAAAGACAGCGAUUGUGCAGAUUCCCAAAGAAAUCCUUCCACGGAGUCCUCAGGUGGUGAUGAUGAAGAGUUGCCGGUACAGGAUGUUCAAACCGAGGCGCUCUCUUUGGUGGUACAAGGGUCACAAACAGCCACAGUUCACCAGCCAAGGAACGAUCCCACCGCUGUAGUCCUUAAUGCCGUCCAUCGCAGCGCUCUCGGGUGUCGCUCCGGGUGGGAAUCUCGACAGGUGACAUUUGACUCGCCGUGGAACUCCAUCAAAGUCGGAUCAAAGGUCAACUCCAGGUCUUUGAGGAGCCCACCCGGUCACAUGAUCAAAUUGGAUGCGAUGCUUUUGGACAACCUUUGCCUCCCGCAUGUCAAGAUUGAGCCCAGCAGCCCUCUAAAGAAAAAUGCUUACGUAUUGAGCGAGGGACUGACGACGACCCAUCUGAAGAAAGCAAAGCUGAUGUUCUUCUACACGCGCUAUCCAAGCUCAAUGGUGCUGAAGAUGUGUUUCCGUGACGUGCAGAUGACACGCUGCAUCACAUCCCAGCUCAUCAAGUGGUUCAGUAACUUCAGGGAGUUCUACUACAUCCAGAUGGAGAAGUUUGCCCGCCACAUUGUCUUGGAGGGGGCGUCUGACGCGAGGGCGCUGUCUGUGGGCAGAGAGUCGGAACUUUUCAGGGCCCUCAAUAUGCACUACAACAAAGGAAAUGACUUCCAGGUCCCGGACCGGUUCCUCGAAGUGGCAGAGAUUACACUGAGACAAUUCUACAUUGCCAUUUUUACGGGCAAGGAUCGAGAGCCAUCCUGGAAAAAAACAAUCUACAAGGUGAUCUGUAAACUGGACACGGACGUUCCUGCUGAGUUCAAGAGUUACGGAUGAAAUGCGAUCAUGCAUACUACUACUUUACAUUGUUUGCCACAGCGGUCACUCACAAUGUGGACUUAAGUUCAAUGACAAAUAUAAUAUACGUGAAUGAAGGGAUACUAGUUGAGAACAUGACUGCUUCAAUUAUUAUCCCAUCCUGCAGUAGACUUGAGGAGAAAAAUGUCAUUUCCAUGCAUAUAUAUGUACAGUAUAUAAUAUGACAAUAUUGGAAAAAUUGAGUGAUUUAAAAACAUGUUUUAUGUUAUACACAAAAUUGAUUCUGGGUCCUGACAUGCAGUGUCUGUUACUCCACAUAACAUUAGAAAAUGAGUGUUGACAGAAAGCAGUUUUAUUAGUUCUGCAAUAACAGUUUCUGAGACACAGACUUAACAAAACAAAACACCAUGAGUCAAUUAUUGUUGAAUAUUUAUUGGCAAUUGACAUUUCCCCCCCAGUUUUGUUUGGUUUAUCUGUUCUGGGUACACGCUUGACCAGCAACAAUGGUUACACUUGUCUGUGCUCAUGCUUACUUAGUAGAAAUUAAUCUGACGAUCAAUGCAAACAGAAGAACAUCCUUAGCAGAAGGGUGCAUUGUCUUUAUAGGCAAAGUAGGGUUCUCAAAAUGUGCACGCCAAGUGGUGACCCUGUUGUGUUUCUUUAAAACCUGUCUGCGUGUGAAUGCAAUUGAUAGGUUAUCUUGGAAAUGUUGCAAAAUAAGAAAAUUAUGUCAGAAGAGUUCUCGUUCAGAAAAAAACUGUCUUGUGAUAAAUUAAUUUACAUGGUAAAUUAAACUGGAUCAUUUUGCCGGCCUCCAUUAAUUGCCAUGUGCAUGCAUGCCUGUUUUCCAUGUUUUGUGCCUCUUAACAGGCAGGAAGAGGAUUCACUCUGUGCAUUGGGUCAGCGCCUACAAACUUCAUAGAACAGCAGCAAGCAGAGUCAGUCAC